AAAAACCUCACCAAAGCCGACCGCAAACGGCAAGUGAACGUUCAGGAGGUGUGCUCGCCGUUGAAAUUUAGCACUCAAGUGUUUGUGUUCUAACCAUCGGUUUCAGCUUUCUACUUUGUUAGUAGCAAGUUCUACAUUCUCUAACCACAUGAGUCAGUAAAGAGCGGCACGAUGGCUAGCCGGUGUUUGCUGUUACCUUUGUUGAUUGUGUUUGCUGUUAUUUUUGCUGCCAGUGCAAACCCGGCCUGGCAUAAGAGUGGUCAUCGCAAGCACCAUGGCUGUGGCUAUGAGGCUUGUCCCGAACCAAAGGAGGGUAUGAUCAAUGUUCAUCUGGUGCCGCACAGUCACGACGAUGUUGGCUGGCUCAAGACAGUCGAUCAGUAUUACUAUGGCAGUCGCAACAAUAUUCAGAAAGCGGGAGUACAGUACAUUCUCGAUUCGGUUGUGCAUGAGCUGCUGAAAGAUCCUAGCCGUCGCUUCAUUUACGUUGAGUCGGCAUUCUUCCAGAAAUGGUACCUGGAGCAAACACCGGAGAUGCAGCAGCAGGUCCAUAUGCUUGUGGAGGAGGGACGCUUGGAGUUUAUCGGUGGCGCGUGGAGCAUGAACGACGAAGCCGCCGUUCAUUAUCAGAGUGUCGUUGAUCAGUUUACGUGGGGUUUGCGGUUCUUGAACGAUACGUUCGGUGAGUGUGGACGUCCACGCAUCGGUUGGCAGAUCGAUCCGUUCGGACAUUCGCGCGAGCAGGCGUCCCUGUUCGCCCAGAUGGGGUACGAUGGGCUGUUCUUUGCUCGGCUCGACUACCAGGAUAAGAACAAUCGCAUGCAGACGCGCACGCCGGAAAUGAUCUGGCAUACUAGCAGCAGCUUGGAGGAGAACGAGCUAUUUACCAGCGUACUGUACAACCAUUACUCCGCUCCACCGGGCUACUGUUUUGAUGUGUUGUGUAACGACGACCCGAUGAUUGAUGAUCAGGAGAGUACUGAUUACAAUGUGAAAGCAAGGAUUGAUACGUUUAUCGCUUGGCUAGAGAAGAUGGCAGGAUCCUAUCGUACGAACAACUUGAUCCUUACCAUGGGUGAUGAUUUCAACUACAUGAAUGCCGUAAUGAACUUUAAAAAUAUGGACAAACUCAUCAAGUACACAAACGAACGGCAAUCUGAGGGAUCCAAGAUCAAUGCGUUCUACUCGACACCUUCUUGCUAUGUAAAGGCUGUCCAUGGUGCAGAUAUCGAGUGGCCUACCAAGUCGGAUGACUUCUUCCCCUACGAAUCUGAUUAUCAUUCAUUCUGGACGGGUUACUUCACCUCCCGACCUACCCAGAAGCGCUACGAACGUGAAGGAAACCAUUUCCUGCAAGUUUGCAAACAACUUUCCGCUAUAGCUCCAAUGAAAGAAUCGUUCUACGAGUCCCAUCUGACUGCACUUCGCGAGGUGAUGGGAGUGAUGCAGCAUCAUGAUGCGAUCACUGGCACUGAGAAGCAACACGUCGCGGACGACUAUGCUCGCAUGCUGUACGAAGCUUUUGAGGCCUGCAGUGCCAACACUCGCUCUGCACUGAACCAACUGACUGGUGAACGAGAUAGCUUCAAGUUUGACUGGGGAUACUGUAAGCAAGCGAACGUGAGCGCUUGUGCAAUGACCGAAAGCUCGGAUAACCUGGUGGUUCUACUGUACAACCCACUGGGUCACAGCUCGAAUGAUUUCGUGCGACUACCGGUAAAGGAAGGCAACUAUCUGGUACGGAACGAUCGUGGCCAAACGGUACGAUCGACGUUGAUUCCGAUUCCGGGCUCGGUUAUAGAUCUCCCGUUCCGAGAGAGCGAGGCCACCCAUGAGCUUGUGUUCCAAGGAGAACAGGUCGCUCCCGUCGGCUACAAGUCGUACUACGUGUCGAAGGAAGAGUCGAAGAGCUCGUCGUCCGCUGCAGUAAUGCGUCAGGAGGAUAAUGUGAGCAUAGGGAACGAUCAUUUGACGGUUCAUUUCGACGAGAACGGCUUCAUGAGCCAGAUCACGAUUGAUGGAGAAACUCAUCCGCUGAAGCAGAACUUCUUGUAUUAUGAAGGAGCGUAUGGAAAUAACGAGGAGUUCCGUAACCGCUCUUCUGGGGCGUACAUCUUCCGUCCGAACGGAACCGAGAAGGCCGUGACCGAUGUUGUGGAGAUUCAGGUGGUGAAGAGUGAUCUGGUGCAGGAGGUGCAUCAAAUAUUCAACGAGUGGAUCAGCCAGGUGAUUCGAGUGUAUGCCGGACAGGAACAUGUGGAGCUAGAAUGGCUGGUGGGUCCGAUCCCGAUCGACGAUAGCAAGGGUAAGGAAAUAAUCUCUCGCUUUGAGUCGGACAUCAAGAGUGAAGGGACGUUCUGGACGGACUCGAACGGACGAGAAAUGCUUCGCCGUGUGCGAAACUAUCGUGAAACAUGGGAGCUGGAUCUGGUGGAACCAGUGGCUGGCAAUUACUAUCCAAUUACUGCCAAGAUUGCCGUAGAAGAUGAUCAUUCACGUAUGGCAGUGCUGAACGACCGUGCACAGGGUGGCUCCAGUCUGGUAGAUGGUCAGCUCGAACUGAUGGUUCAUCGCCGACUGCUUCGCGAUGACGCAUUCGGUGUGGGCGAAGCCCUCAAUGAAACACAGUACGGUGCAGGAAUAGUGGCACGCGGCAAGCAUUGGCUCUUCUUUGGCUCGUCCCAAAAAGCAGUCAGCCCUACACUGCAGGCAAAGGAACGAUUCCUGCAGAACAAAGUGCUGCUGCCAAGCUGGCCAUUCGUCAGUGCCGUUGAUAAUGUGCUGACCUAUGACGAUUACCUUUCGAACUUCCGCAACAUCUACUCGGCUAUCGCCCAGCAGCUACCACCGAACGUAAAUUUGCUCACGCUUGAACCUUGGAAGGAUGGUACGGUGCUCGUGCGUUUGGAACACUUGUUUGAAAGGAAUGAAGAUCCCGUCUAUUCUCAAGCGGUGCGCAUCAACGUGCGAAGCGUAUUGUUUGCGCUGAAUAUUGAAAGCAUUCACGAAACUACGCUUGCUGCGAAUCAGUGGAAAGCAGACUCGAAACGAUUGCAGUUCAACACGGAGUCGACGGCAAAUGAAGCCUCACCGAAGGAUCAGGUUGAACGAGUGGCGCAGGACAGCACGGACUUUGAUAUCGAGCUGCAGCCAAUGGAGAUCCGAACAUUUAUAGUAAAACGACGAUAAUCAUGAUAUGUAAAUGGAUAGUAAAUGGAGUAAGAGUUGUGAAAAUGAUAUAAGAGUUAAUAAAAAUUCCAAAAGAUA